AAAAACGAAACAAGAAUAUAGAAUUGAGUUGUCAUAAAAGUAGAGAUAGAAGAUUAUAUUACAUUCGUAUAAAAGCACAAAGAGUAAUUAUUAAUUAACGCUGCCAGGUGCUUCGGAAGUGAAAAAAAAAUAUACCGAACCAUGAAAAACGUGUUGUAUAAUUCCAUCCAUAUUACAUAUGAAUCGCAGAUUCAUUGUCGAGCAGCCGUCUCAAAUUGAUCGAUUUUUGAAACUUUUCAUCUUAUAAAUGGAAAUUGCCAACCUCAAACCGAACUCAUAAGCUACAUAUCGUUUGAGGAAGCGCACAAAGCAACUCUUUACAGUCAAGCACUAUGUACAAAAGUGGCUCUAAUUGUUGGCGUGAUGCUGGUCAAUUAAUUUCAAAACUCUGUCGUUUCUACGGUUACAAACACUUUGAACCAAUCAACGUAACGGAAAAAAAGCGAAACAAAAACAUGGAUUUCGAUUUAAUAUUGGAAGAAAUUGGCCAAUUCGGUCGUUAUCAACAAACAAAUUAUCUGCUCCUUUGUUUACCUGUGCUAUUUGGUGCAGCCAAUUCUUUGACGUAUAUAUUUACCGCAGGCAUUCCACAAUAUCGUUGUUUUGUACCGAGUUGUGAUGACCCAAUCAAUCCUAAUUAUGAUGAGCCAUGGGUGAGUGCGGUGGUUCCAGGAUCUAUUGAUUCUUCAGGAUUAUUCGCACCUGAACAAUGCCUUCGAUAUGAAUUGCCAUUGUUGGAAAAUAAUUCAACAUAUUUAUGUGGACGUGAAUUAACCGUGAAACAUGAGAUUAGUUGUACACGUUGGGUAUUUGACAAAUAUGAAAAAACAAUCGUCGAAGAAUGGUCGAUAACCUGCAAAGAAAAUCAGUAUUUAUUGGCAUUUGUGGGAACGGCACAUUUUGCCGGUAUCGUCGUCGGAUCGGCAGCUGCUGGCAUCUUAGCGGACAACUAUGGUCGUAAAAUAAUCUUUAUACUGUCCACGGUUUUCAUGGCAAUAACUGGAAUCGGUCAGGCUCUUUCCCAGAACUAUUCAUCAUUUGUAUUUUUUGCAUUUUUAAAUGCAGUUGGAACUGCUGGGGUAUUUCCGAUGGCUUUUAUCAUGGGUGUUGAAAUGGUCGGUGCGAAAAAACGUGAAAUGUCUGGCAUUAUUCUGAAUUACUUCUAUUCAGUGGGUGAAGCGAUAGUCGGAUUAAUAUUUUGGCUGUGUCGCGAUUGGGUAUUAUUACAGUUGAUAGUAUCUGUGCCACCGUUGCUAUUCAUUGCAUAUUAUUGGUUCAUUCCCGAAUCCGUUCGAUGGUUGUUAGCACGAAAAGAUUAUACAAAAGCCAAAAAAAUCAUUCAAAAAGCAGCUGAUGUGAAUGGGGUUGAAUUAUCGGAACAAAUGCUACAUCAAUUCGAAUUAAAUUCACCAGCGCAUCAUCAUGGAAAUGUGCAUGAUGGCAAUAAGAAAAAACAACCGGAAUUAGGAGAGGUAUCCAAAGAGCAACAAGAAUAUCAUGAGGUAUGGCGUACAUUUAAAGAGGUUUUAUGUUCGAGAGUGCUUGUAUUACGUGGAUUGAUACUGUUUUUUAUUUGGGCGAGCGAUGCUUUCAUAUUCUACGGUCUUUCACUUAACUCUACAAAUCUAAGUGGCAACAAGUAUUUGAACUUCAUAUUGGUGUGCUUAGUUGAAAUUCCUGGUUACACACUAUCCUGGAUUGCAAUGAAUAAAAUUGGACGAAGAUGGGCAUUAUCUGCCUCAUUGCUUUUGUGUGCAUUCACCUGCGUUGCUGGAGGAUCUGAACCGCUUGAAAAUACUUGGGCUGUGGUUACAUUAUUUCUUCUUGGAAAACUUGGUAUCACAUCAGCAUUCUCUACAUCAUACGUUCAUACAUCUGAAAUAUUGCCGACUGUUAUUCGCUCAAUGGGUGUUGGAUCGGCGAGCACAGUGGCUCGCUUAGGUGCUCUUGUCGCACCCUUUGUACCCUUAUUAUCCAAUUAUUAUCGACCAUUGCCACUACUACUAUUCGGUGCUGUUUCCUUGUUGGCCGGCUUAUUGGCACUUCUACUGCCAGAAACAUUCGGACGAAAAUUACCUGAUACGGCAGAAGAGGCUGAACAAAUUGGCACAGAUGAUAUCGAUAUUUCGGACGUUCAUUUAGAUACGAUAAAAUAACGUACGGGCAAUUGAAGUUUACACAAAAUUCAUGUAGCUUUAAACUUAAUCAAAUAUUGCAAACUUUCAUUGAAAUGGCCG